CUUAAGUUGCAAUGCUAUGAGCUCUCAGGGCCACCGUACAAAUUUCUUGUAUGUGUACACAUCCUUAACCAAUAGAGCAGAUUCUGACUUUUAGUCUAGUGAGUGGUGCUAACGUCGUUGUACGGUGUGUGGAAGUUUGCCCGGCUGGAUGGUAAUCCAGCUUCGUUACUGGGUAAUUUGCCUCCGCUGAGGGUAUCAGGCUCUUCUCGGGCUCUUUGUUCUCCCAUACACCCAGCGGGAGACACAUCUCUCCCUCUUCAUAGUGCAGCUGCAGCCGUGCACCCCCUCUCCUCCUCCCUCCCUGUGCUCUAUCAGUCCGCCCAUGCGCAGUGGUUCCCCUGUGCGCUCUACUGUUUGCAUUGUGUCUGAAUUGCCGGCGAGCUUUAAAAAAAUAUUAUAACCACCGCGGCAAUGUCGGGCAGGUCGGUCCGAGCGGAGACCCGGAGCAGGGCGAAGGAUGACAUCAAGCGGGUUAUGGCCGCUAUUGAGAAAGUACGAAAAUGGGAGAAGAAAUGGGUGACCGUUGGAGACACGUCCCUUCGCAUCUACAAGUGGGUUCCAGUGACGGAGCCCAAAUCAGAUGAUAAGAACAAGAAUAAAAAGAAGGGCAAAGAUGAAAAAUACGGCUCAGAGUUGACGACUCCAGAGAACAGCUCCUCUCCAGGCAUGAUGGACAUGCAUGACGACAACAGCAACCAGAGCUCGAUCGCUGACUCAUCCCCAGUGAAACAGGAAAAUAGUUGUAGCACCAGCCCCGCCCCGGAGCCCGCCUCCUUGUCUCACCGUGAGGGCAGCGAGGCCAAGACGGAACAGAGCCCUGAAAGCAAGAGAGGUAAGACCGUCCCUUCAUCAGAGACCUCAGAGAGAGCACAAAGUGCCAAGAGAGACAGCCUGUCCUCGGGGGAGAAGGACUCUUCAGACAGCAAAGCCACUCAGGACAAUGAGGUGGAGUCCCCACCCAACAAGAAGAGUAAACAGGAGUCCUCAUCUCAGGACUUUGAGGAGAGUUAAAGUAUUUUCCCCGGUCACCUCACUCCCUCCCCCUGUACCUCCCCUGUACUUCCCUCCAUUAACUCUAUAUCAUUUAGUGCUAAUGGACACUCCGGCUCUCCUCCCACUCCUCUUUCUCUUUAACAUCUCCCCUUCUCUAUCCAAACUCUUCAAUACCAAAGGGAGAAAGGACAUCCCUCUUCCUCCCCCUCUCCCUUCCACCCUGACGGCUGCCCUUCCCCCUCGUCCAAUUUGCCACCUUCGCCCUAACACUCCUCUGCCACUGAGGGAGAAUGGAUAUUACCUCUAUUCACCGGUCCCCUCCAUGCGUCCUUCCAGUUCUCCACACCUUUUCACUAAUGCCAAGAGAAGCUCUGAACCCAGGCUGCAAUCCCCCAUGUGACCAGGGGCAGCGCUGUCAGCCCAGUCCACCCAGUGCCAGGCCAGACCACAAACCCUGACCUGCAUCUGUGACUAAAAGAGUUAACACUGGGGAUCUGAGAUCAGGACAAGGUUGAUCCCGCACUCUGCUCUGAGACCGCUUUUUACACGUUUCACUGCUAAAUGGUUUAGCUCAGGAUAACCCAAAAAGCUAACCAGGUCUCAGAUCAGUGGCUGGGGGGCGACCACGUCACAUCAGUCCUCCUGAUUCGCCUCCUGUUAGACUAUUGUUCUAUAUUUGUUUAGGAAAUGUUUAGGGGUUUUUUCUCAGGAGGGUCAAUGCACUGUUAUGGUAUGUCACAAUCGAUCACAGAUACAUUUGCUGCUGUCGUGGAAGUCUUUUUUCUCUAUCCAUGAAAAGUUCUCCAUUCAUGUGUUUCAAAAAAGAAAAAGAGUUAAUUUGUGGUUUGUAGAGUAGGAAGACGACAGUACUGGUCAAGAUACAAACUCUUGGAUAAGUAGUGAAGAAAUGCAUAGAUAGCGUAGGUCCUGAAGGUGUGCCUUGAGUCGGUACUGUUAAAUGUUUUAGGUCAAACAGGUUUUGAAUUACAAUAUUGGUGCCAUGUUUUUUUUAUCAUCCCUAAUCAAUUUAAUCCAAUAUUUAUAUUCAACUACAAAGUUUUGAUUUAAUUUAAAGGAAAAGUUCAGCAUUCUGGGAAAUGGUUGUUCUCUUCCCGAGAGGAAAACAACACUGAUGCUAAAGCUGUGGCCGGAGCCGGCUAUCUUAGCUUAGCAUAAAUACUGGAAACAGGCGUACAUAGCUAGCUUGACUCAAACAGAUUAAGCAAUCAGUCCAUCAACACCUCCAAUUCUAGAGUCAACACUCAAAUAAACAGAUGAAGCGAAAAGAAAUUAAGUUUUCUUCCAAGAAAUAGAUUUUGUACGUUGUGACUUCCUGUGGAAAAAUAUUGUCUUAAUUUGGUACCUUUGGACAAGCUAGCUAUUUCCCCUUUUCCAGUCUUUAUGCUAACUCAAGUUUACAGACUCCAGCGGUGAGUUUUAUUUCUGUCAUAUUCCCUAAAAUGUCAAAACAGGUCCUUUACAACAGCUGGAACCUGGAGCUUGAACACUACCCAGGAGGUAAUUUAGUUUUGUCUUUGGGACAUUUGAACAAAACCUGGUCCCUGGUCUGCGUUUACUUCAGGUGACACGGUUGCCGUCGUCAUUGUUUUUUCCUCCUCAAAGGUAGAAACGGACCAGUGUCUGAUGCUGGUUUUCACGUCCACUCCACCAUCCCGAUUUGCAUUUUACUCACGUCACAUUCUCUGUACAUGUUCUGUGUCACUGCUUAUCUACGACCCACAAAUGUUCCUGUAGCUCACGACACAAAGGCUCCAGUUUUUUGGCUCAAACGUUGGUUCCUCUCCUCCCUCAAGGUGCUGUCUGUCGGCUGAAUCCACACGUGCGGCAUCGAGCGCUUGGUUUUGUGCAGACUUGAACUUUAUAGUAUGGAUUCAGACCCACGACCUCUCAUGUACAACCUCACACGUGUAAGAUGCACUUGGAUUAAUCAAUAUUUACCCGUGAAUAUGGAUUCAAGUCAACAUAACAGCGGUUAUAGGAGUAGGGUCGUGACACAGAAGGACCAUGUCAAAUUUCAUUCACAUGGAUGGAGAGAAAAGAAAACAGGACAAUUGCUCGGCUUAGAGGAUGGAUUAGCAUAUACCUCAUUCCCAGUCCAGCAGCGCUGGAACUUAAAAUGCUAUUGUAUUGACAUUAACAGUUAUAAACAGCAUUAUGUUCACUCAGUUUAAAAAAAAACAACCUCUCACUUAUGUUGUAGCUCUCACCUAACCGAGCCGAUUGCUUAUAGUUUGCUCAUAACUGCGUAAGGAAAAAAAAGAAGCUGUGAGAUAUAAAAUCUUGUAUGUCAUUUCCUAUGGGACCAUUUUGUUUCACUUUAGAUCUUGUACAGAUUUAUGGUUUGGUUUGACUUAUUUAUUCCAUCAGUAGUGCUUGGUUUUUAUCAUGUCCAAUGGUUUUGUUUUCUUAAUAAAAUUCACAAAACUUA